GUGUCCGAAAUGCAAUCUUACGAGUGUCAUUUCCGAGUAACGAAUCGCAUUGAAGAAUUGGUCGAUAAUCAACUAAGAGGACUGGCAAGAACCAUAUUGCAUGAGCACGACUGUCGAAAUAAGCUCAAGGAGCUUCCUCGACGCAUUGAUAUAAACAUGCUGUCUAUGGUAGCAGGGUUCCAGCUCAGCACGGAGCCCUUCUUCCGAUCUCUUAUUAAAGCGACUGUCAAGUUUACAAUCACCAAACAGAUGCGUAAACAGCAAAUUCAAAUACCUCCUGAGAAAGGACGCACGAUGUUUGGAGUCGUAGACGAAACAGGUCAAUUGCAGUAUGGACAAGUUUUCGUCCAAUAUACGGAGAAUAUUGCCCUGAAGACCCCACCACCCAGUGCAUCAAGAAAAGUGCUCACCGGCAAAGUGCUUUUGACAAAAAAUCCAUGCAUAGUUGCUGGCGAUGUUCGCGUUUUUACUGCUGUGGAUAUCCCUGAACUACGCCACCUGUGUGAUGUCGUCGUCUUCCCAAUGCACGGUCCGAGACCUCAUCCCGACGAAAUGGCAGGUUCUGAUUUGGAUGGAGAUGAAUACGCCGUAAUCUGGGAUGAGGACCUCCUAUUGGAUCACAAUGAGAAGCCAUUUGACUAUACAGCGGAGAAGCCGCAAUCUGAAUCUAUUAAUGAGGAAACAUUGAACGACGAUAUGAUUGAUUUUUAUAUAAAGUACAUCACACAAGACUCAGUUGGUACGAUUUCAAACUCGUUCCUUUUCCAAGCAGAUCAUUAUGGAAUCAACUCUGAGGUGUGCCAGCGUCUCGCAGUGAAGAUAUCUAAAGCAGUGGAUUUCACAAAGACAGGAUUACCACCUGAUCCGCUUGUGAAAGAAUGGACGAUUGGUAUGUUCCAAUUAAUGGGUUUCUCAAUAUGGAUUCGUUUUUUUUCUAGAAUUAACUUCAUAUUUAGUUAUUUUUAUGCAGAUAAGGCCAGUGGUAAAGAGAUUCCUCCGGAAAAGAGCGAGCGCCAACCAGAUUUUCAUUUUGGGAAUGAUUACGAUGCUACCUACCGUAGUCCGAGGCUUAUGGGGAGGAUUUAUAGGGAAUUUAAGGCAAUUGAGGAUGUUCUCAAGAUUUCGGAAGAUAUCGAUGAACAAGACGGAAUUGAGUGUGAUAAAUGUCUGAUCAUAGACGGAUGGUCAACAUAUAAAGAAAAGGCUGAGACAGAGUUGGCAAAAUAUAAUGGUCGACUAAGGGUUCUUAUGGAGAAUUACGGCAUAAAAACGGAAGGAGAAAUUUUCUCUGGUUGCAUCUCAGAGAUGAGGAAUCGAAUCUCGGAUCGCGAUCAAGACGAUAUGUCGCUUUACAAUACAACUGAGGUCAUUGAAAGGAAAGUGACCUCUCUUUUCCGAGAAUUCAGAGAGGAAUUUUUCGAGGAGUUUGGUGGUUGGGUUUUUUGUACACAGAAGAUCGACAGGAAGUUUGCGGUGGAAGAGAACGUUUUUCAUCGUGCUGCGCAUAGACCAACGCUGAAAAUGCAACAGAAGGCAGUGGCUUAUUAUCGUACAUGCUACGAUUUCAAGUGCUUCGUGAGAUAG